UUUAAAAGGCCCCCCUGCUAGAUUCAACCCAACGAAAGUGACCAAACCCACUUUUUGCAUCCUCUAAUCUCCAUCCACAUUCCCUGUUACCAAAAUCUUACUUCAAAGAUCCCCAUUUUCAUCAUGGACUACGAUUACGACUACGACUAUGAGUACACGAGGAACAAUGUUCCGGCGUUUGGAAGCUGGGAUUGCCACGACGAUCUCCCGUUCACUCAGUGUUUCGAGUCGGCUAGACAGGCUGGAUUGCUCCGGUACAGCUAUUCUGAAGAUCGUGAUCUGUAUGUCACUGGUGAUUUGUAUGAUAACAAUGUUGUUACCCCUGCUAUGAUCGUUGUUCCUCGCAGAACGCGUAAAGCAGGGUACACGAAAGAAGAAAAAAAAGAGACAUGGGUUGUUUGCGACUACGACUACAACUAUGAGUGUGAAGGUAAGGAGCCACCGAGUCCUGUGAGUGUAGCAACUCCUCCACCGCCUCAGCAGCCGCAACAAAAACAAAGACACAUAAAACCCAAGGCGGUUGAUGAAGAUCUGUACAGGAUCUCGCCGGUGCUCCUCCGUGGGAAGCCCAGAAGGAAGUGGGGGUUAUUUUCAAGCUGCAUGCAACCAACUUGUGUUAUGUGAAGCCAAGAAGGAAGGUACUGAGGUACAUAUAAUUGAGUGAGGGCAAUGCAGAUGAUUAUUACAAAUAGUUAAGUUGGUAUGGUAGGCUACUGUUUUUGAUUGUAAAUGGGCCUGUGGCUAUGACCCAGGCCCAUAAAAGCCAUGACCUGACAUCUGUUGGUUGAUUCAUAGUGUAGUAAGAGUGAUGAAUGAUGAUGGUGAUGAUAUUAAAGCUGUUUUGCCCAAAAAAACACUUGUUGCUUUUGCUACCUUUUCUUGGGAAUCUUUCUUUCCAAUUUCGGUUUUCUCACUUCUUUGUAAUUAUUUAUUCUAGUAAUGGAUGAGUAAGGUUAUCUUGUCUGGUUUC